CGGCGGCCAUGUAAGCCGCAGGGCGGCCCAGCCGCUCGUGCCUCAGUCGCGCGGCGGCGGCAGGAGCUGCCUGCUGCCUGAGGGCCCGCGCGCUGCCCGCCGGCCGCCGGUGACGAUGCUGGACCGCGAGCGCGGCUGGAGCGUCUCGUUCGCCGGCUGCGGCUUCCUGGGCGUCUACCACAUCGGCGCCGCCACCUGCCUGCAGGAGCGCGCCCCGCACAUCAUCCGCGACGCCCGGCGCAUCUACGGCGCCUCCGCCGGGGCGCUCGCCGGCGCCGUGCUCGUCGGAGGCGGCUCUCUGGCUCAAGCUUGUGCAGAUGUUCUGGCAUUAGCCAAAGAAGCUAGAAAGCGAAAUCUUGGUCCUCUUCACCCUUCCUUUAAUGUGGUAAAGAUAAUAAGAGAUGGACUGAUGAGAAAUCUUCCAGAAAAUGCUCACCAGUUGUCAUCGGGCAGACUGUGUAUUUCACUAACCAGAGUAUCAGAUGGUAAAAAUGCAUUGAUAUCUAAUUUUAACUCUAAAGAAGAAGUUGUCCAGGCUUUAAUCUGUAGUUCAUUUGUCCCUAUUUAUUGUGGCCUAAUUCCACCAUCAUUUAGAGGUGUGCGCUAUGUGGAUGGAGGAAUCAGUGACAACUUACCUCACUAUGAAUCUAAGAAUACCAUCACAGUUUCACCUUUUGCUGGGGAGUGUGAUAUCUGUCCAAAGGGGAAUUCUGCCAACUUUCAUGAAAUGAAUGUGACCAACACCAGCAUUCAGCUCAGUUUGGGAAACCUUUAUCGUUUAACACAAGCGCUCUUUCCACCAGAACCUAAGGUACUGGGAGAGAUCUGUGAGCAAGGAUAUUCAGAUGCUCUUAAAUUCCUGAAAGAGAAUGGUAUUCUAAAUGACUCAAUUUAUAUCCACUUGUCCUUCACAAAAAGAAAUCCUUAUGAGGCUGCGCAACACAUUGACCAUAUGAAGAAAAAAAAAUCAACAGAAAAUAACAGAGUGGAAACCUUGAAACUAGAAGUACUGAAUGACCAGCUGAAGCAAAAUCCAUGGCCUUUGGAGAAGAGCAUAUUUGAGAGUCUACCUCCUAGACUUCGUAAAGCACUGCAGGAAGCCUGUAAAGAACAGAAUGGAUUCUACGCUCAGUUCUCUAAACUCUUUCCAAUGCGGGUGAUAUCCUACCUGAUGCUACCGUAUACGCUCCCAGUGGAGUCUGCUUACUCUGUUGCUUUACGAUUAGUAAACUGGUUUCCCGACAUGCCUGCUGAUGUCCGAUGGAUGCAAGAACAGCUUUGUCGGAUUGCUGCUACAGUUUAUUCCCAGGCUAAAAGCAAGCUGUUGUGUACAUCCAGGAAAGACAAUUAUGCAUCACUAAGAAAAUGUCAAACUGUCCCAUCUACUAUGGAAUUUCAUUCUUCAUACUGCCACUUUAAAAUGCCUCACUCUUCUGCAGAUCUUGAAACCUGGCUCUGGGAAUCUUCAUGCUUCAUGCACUCAGCUAUGAAAAAUGCUUCUGCUAAUGUGCAGGACCAUUCAGACUUAAACUCCUAUCCUCAUUUUCUCCGGAAUUCUGAUGAGUCUGGGUUGGAAAUAGAUUUCGACUCUUCCUCAGAGACAAGUUUCCAAACUGCUCCAGAGUAUUAAUUUUGAAGUAGUUUCCACAGUUUCCAAAUUUCCAAUUUGGCAGAGAAAUUUAAAUCCUAAAGGACUAAAGAUCACUUUGUUUAUUGCCAGCAAGUCUUGGAAAAUGAUUUAUAGCUUCCUGACAAAUCUGCCUUGGGAAUUCUGCUGUUUUAAGGAUAUAAAAAACAGCAGCUGCUAUACUAAGUGACAGACUACAAUUCUGUCGAAGCACCAGCUCAAUCAACUGUAGUAAGACUUGUAGUAAACAGUGUCUCUCUGGAAGCAAAUUUUUUAAAAAUCUACUUUCAGCAUAAUAAUAUAAAUUCUCUAAACAUUUGUUAGACGAACAAGCAUUGAUAACAAAAGCCUUUGAAAAACAAUUCUUAACAAUAUUAUAUGUUAGGAUUACUUUUAUAGCACUGAAAUUGAAAUUGGACUUCUACUUCUGAAAGCGAAAUAUACAAAUGAGCAUUUUAGUGGCUUCCAGUGUCCAUUUGCCUUAUGUUUAAACAUACUGUUGCGUUUAUGGAAAAGUUGUCUGCACAAGAUACCAUAGGAACAGUAGUAUUCUAGCUUGUUGUGUGUAUUCCACAGUUCAUAUUACUUCUCUUUUAUGGCUCUUUCCCUUUUCAACUACUUCACGGGAAAGACAUAAGAAAUGGGACACAUUCCCCUGAAGUAUACACAGGUAUAUAGUGAUAUCAGAGGAUAUCAGUGAUAUCAGAGGACUUUAUUUGUGCUUAGUAAGGGAUUAAUACUUGACUAAGUAUUGAAAAGUAGGUAAAACAGUUACUGUGAUUAGUAGACAGCAACAGUAAUCUGAGAAGGUGUUAAACUUUACAGAAGCUGUUAACAAAAAAAUCAACAUAUAGCAUGUGGGAAAUGAUUUUUAGGUCUUCUCUCUAAUUGCUGCUGUAUCAUUCUGAGUUCCCCCCCAAAUUGAGAGAUUUUACUUCACUUCCCUCUUGAUAAAGGAGGGAAGAAAAAAGGGGGGUCCCUCUUGUCUCAGUGAGGUAUUGUAACCCAAAGGAAGAUUUCCAAGACUGAUUGUUAGAAGAAGCAAAUAUGUAAGACUUAAUUGGAAUAUCAAUAUGCAGGGAGCUGUGCAAGUGUCUCAAAUAACAUAUUGAAAGUCAGCCAAAUCAUAUCUGUAUUGAGCGAUGAGCAUUUUAAACACUUUCCGGUUCUGCAUAAUUUUAAUAAAGACAACAUGUUAGCAUAUGAAUACAUCAGGAGAAGUAAAUAACUAUAAAGUACUCUUUUGAUGUCUUGUUGUCAUGUCUUGUGCAAUUUUUUUAGAGUAGAAGGAAACAACAUUGGCUUUAAAGUUGAGUUUGCGCAUGUGUUUGGAGGCAGGUGUGUGACAUUUGAAAGCUGCUCAUUCAAGAAGGUGAAUUCUGUGCAGCUUGGGUGCAGCCCAGGGAAGAGACUGUAGAUGCUUACUGAGAGUAUCUUGUAAAGGAGAGCUGCGAUUCGACUGUGAUGCUUGGGAGAGGGAACUUUGGAGCGCGAACUUUGGUAUCCAGAAGCAUGUCCAAUAGCAAAAUGUAGCAUUUCUGAAUUGGACCAGCCUUUAAGCAGUUUCUCAGCUGUGAUUUCCUUAAGCUUGAAGUGCUGAAUUUUAGAACAUUAAAAUUGAUUUUAGAAUGGUGGGGACAGCGGAUAAAGCAUUAAGCUACCCAUUUCUGUACUACAGAAGACUGGUGCUAUUUUACUUCAAUUCUUUUGUUCAUUUCUUCUGUGUAUAUGUCUUGAAAUUUGCAAGAAAAUUUGGAAAAGUUACUCUAAUUACAAUUAAAAGAUAAGUUCUGUUUUAUAUUGUCUUUAUUUAUAACUUCAGACUUUCUAUAAUUUUAUAAUGUUCUGCGAAACAUUAGUUUUACCAGUAUGUGUUAGAAUUUAAGCAGGAAUGCCAAGUUUUACUUCCUCUCUGUGUACUGGAGUAGUUCUAUUAACUACAUUUAAAAUCAACCUUAACCACUACUUCUGUUGUAUACACCUUUGAUUCUGUCUCCUUUUUCUAAAAUAAAAAGACAAUCUCUUCUGUUA